GCCUUUGUAUUCGUCUUGCUCCAGCCGCCGUCGGAUCGGAUCCGAUCCAAAGCAAGCAGCAGCAGCCGGCUCCGCCUCCCGCAGCAGCCACACCCCGUCCGUCACCAGAGGAAGAGGAAGAGGAGGAUGUCGGGGUCGAAGGUGUACACCCUUGAGGAGGUGGCCAAGCACAACACCAAGGAUGACUGCUGGCUCGUCAUCGGCGGCAAGGUGUACAAUGUGACCAAGUUUCUGGAGGACCACCCUGGAGGUGAUGAUGUCCUGCUGUCUUCCACUGCCAAGGAUGCUACCGAUGAUUUCGAAGAUGUGGGGCACAGCACCACCGCCCGUGCAAUGAUGGACGAGUACCUCGUCGGUGAGAUUGAUGCGGCCACGAUACCCAGUAAGGUGAAGUACACGCCCCCCAAGCAGCCGCACUACAACCAGGAUAAGACCCCGGAGUUCGUCAUCAAGAUCCUCCAGUUUUUGGUCCCCCUGGCAAUACUGGGCCUGGCUGUUGCUGUAAGGAUCUACACCAAGUCGGAAUCUGCCUAGUCAUCUGAACCAAGUUAGCGAGGGUUGCAUCUUGUACCAGAGUCGCAUGUCAGAAACUUGAGUCUUUGCUGUCAUACGGUUAUAUUUAUAUGAGACUUCUAUCGGUAAAAUGAAAUGGAUGUCAGAAACUUCAUUGUUGUUCGCUGUGGUUU